AUGGCGUAUCGUGACGCCAUGGAGGCCGCAGCGAGCAUCAUCGCUGUGAUCGAACUGUCCGCAAAAGUCGUAUCUCUUUGCUUCCAGUACUCUGCCGCUGUCAAGAACGCCAGAUCCGACGUCGAAAGACUGCAAGGAGAACUUGGGAGGUUGAGAACGACCCUGCAAGGUGCGCAGCGGCUUCGUGAGAGCCCAGACGGCAAGAGGCUUCAAACCUUGCAAGGCUUGUCGGAUGGACUCAACGGUUGUUCUUCCCAGCUGUCACAACUGGAGAAGAAACUCAAUCCUGGGCCUACGCGUAAGGUGAUGAGAAAGUUCGGGCUUCGCGCUCUCAAGUGGCCCUUCGAGAGCAAAGAGAUCGACAGUAUUAUCAACAACUUAGAACGGUAUCGAGAUACACUAUCUGUAGGUCUCGCCAUCGAUGGAACUACACAGCUCCUCCAUAUCGGCCAGAAACUUGUCCUUUCCAAGCUCCCGACCGCGAACGAUGCAGCCUUCGAUUCUCAUGCGGACGAGCACGAUGGGAGAUGUCUCCCCGGCACCCGAGUUGAGCUCCAGCGGGAGAUAAUCGCAUGGGCAGAUGACCCGCAGGGCAAAUGCAUCUUCUGGCUGAAAGGUAUGGCAGGAACCGGGAAGUCCACCAUAUCUCGCACAGUCGCGCAAUCGUUUGCCAAUAAAGGAGUUCUUGGUGCUAGCUUCUUCUUUAAGAGAGGCGAGCGAGACCGGGCCAACGCAGCUCUGCUGUUCCCAACCAUUGCUUCUCAGCUUGUCGUCGAGGAGUCUUCUGUGGCAGCACACAUCACAGCUGCCAUCGAUGCCGACCCACACGUCACAGAUAAGCCUCUGGAAGAGCAGUUCGACAAGCUUGUUUUGGAGCCGCUGGGGAAGCUGAAAGGAGACCCGAGCAGAGUGAAGACUUUUGUACUCGUCCUUGAUGCUCUCGACGAGUGCGGCAGGGAUAUGGACAUCCGACUUAUCAUUUCCCUUCUGUCAAAGGCGAAGACCCUGAGCUCGGUGCGGUUGAGAGCUUUUGUGACGAGCAGACCUGAGCUACCGAUUCGACUCGGCUUCGCCAAGAUCGAAGGCGAUUACCACGACCUGGUCUUGCACGAGGUCGCGCCGCCAAUUAUAGAACACGACAUCGCAGCAUUUCUGCGUUCCAAAUUUGCAGAAAUUCGAGAUGACCACAACGCCUUAUACGGUGGCAGCAGGCAAGAACUCCCGCUGGAAUGGCCAGGUCCUGAGGUUGUCCACACUUUGGUCCAGAUGGCCGUGCCGCUCUUCAUUUUUGCAGCCACUGUGUGUCGUUUCAUCCAGGAACCGGGGUGCGACCCCCGCCAACAGCUCGCCCAAGUCCUGCAAUACCAGUCAAGGACCCACCAAUCCGAGAUCGACAAGCUCGACGCGACUUACCGCCCAGUCCUUGAUCGAUUGCUUGUGGGUUCUGAAGCGGCCAAAAGAUCUGUUAUGGCUAGAUUUCGCGCUGUGGUGGGUUCGAUUGUACUCCUCGUCGAACCGCUCUCGAUCCGAUUCUUGGCCCGGCUUCUUGAGAUUCCGGAGGACGCCGUUUUUCACCACCUCCAGCCACUCCACUCUGUUCUUAGAGUACCUGCCUCUGCCGACUCUGAAUCUCCCAUCAGGACGUUCCACCUGUCAUUCCGCGACUUCCUUGUUGAUCCCGAUAAGGCGAAUGAGCAAGAGAAGUACCCAUUCUGGGUUGACGAACGGAAAACCCACAAACGUCUGGCGGCUCGGUGUCUGGAGCUGCUAUCGACAGAAACUAGACUCAAGAAAAACGUCUGUGGGCUUCGCCUGCCUGGGAUACGCCGGUCUGAGAUCGACCAAAAGAUCAUCAACACCAACCUGCCGCCCGACGUGCAGUACGCCUGUCGGUAUUGGGUCUACCACUGGAAGGAGAGUAAGUGCUUGAUACGGGACGGUGACCUUGUCGACCAUUUCUUGAAGCGCCAUCUCCUGCACUGGCUCGAAGUGCUGGGUCUUUUAGGCUGGAUCUCGGAGAGUAUCAGCAUGCGAGAAGAAAGCGACAAAGUCUCGGCGUUUCUGUCUGAUACCAGGCGGAUCAUUCGAAGUCAUUGCUCUGUUCUCGAUAUAUGGCCUCUUCAGGUCUACCAUUCGGCUAUCGUAUUUGCGCCAACACGGAGCGUAGUCCGAAAGACAUUCGAAGAUCAAUUUCCCGUAUGGCUUGCUCUACUACCGAAAGUUAAUCUAGAUUGGGAUACAUGUAUCCAAACGCUCGAGGGGCAUAGCAAAUGGGUUACGUCGGUUGCAUUCUCCCACGAUUCGAAGACGCUUGCAUCAGCGUCAGAUGACAAGACGGUCAAGCUCUGGGAUACGGUAACGGGCGCCUGUACAGCAACACUCAAGGGGCAUAGCGACCAGGUCAGCUCAGUCACAUUCUCCCACGACUCGAAGAUACUCGUAUCAGCGUCGAGCGAUAAUACAGUCAAGCUCUGGGAUACAGGGCAUAGCGACUGGGUCAACUCAGUCGCAUUCUCCCACGACUCGAAGACGCUUGCAUCAGCGUCGUGGGACAAGACGGUCAAGCUCUGGGACGCGGCAACGGGCACCUGUACGGCAACACUCAAGGGGCAUAGCCACCGGGUCAGCUCAGUUAUAUUCUCCCACGAUUCGAAGACGCUCACGUCAGCGUCACACGACGAGACGGUCAAGCUCUGGGAUACGGUAACAGGCGCCUGUACAGCAACACUCAAGAGGCAUAGCGACUGGGUCAACUCAGUCGCAUUCUCCCACGAUUCGAAGACGCUUGCGUCGGCAUCGUACGACAAGACGGUCAAGCUCUGGGAUACGGUAAUGGGCACCUGUACGGCAACACUCAAGGGGCAUAGCAACCAGGUCAGCUCAGUCGCAUUCUCCCACGACUCGAAGACGCUCGCAUCAGCGUCGCACGACAAGACGGUCAAGCUCUGGGACGCGGCAACGGGCGCCUGCACGGCAACACUGGGGGUAGGCAGGGUAGUUAAAUACCUCGCAUUUGACACCACCGGUUUUUCUCUCCUCACAGACAUCGGCGCUUUCACACUAAACAACCUGUCAUUAUCGCCAAUGGCUUUGACAGAUACGCCAGCGCUUGAAAUGUCAAAGGCAAUGUUAAAGGCAAUGCCUAGUCCCCUACCGCAACACAUCAACCGUUGGGGCAUUGGCCUCAGCGAGGACAAUGCAUGGGUUAUCUGGGGCUCGCACAAGGUCCUAUGGUUGCCGCCAACAUACCGACCAAAAGAAUCGUGUACAACAGCGUCGACAGUGGCUAUUGGGUGUGCUUCAGGACAAGUCUUGUUUUUAGCGUUCUCGUUCAGUCACAACCUUCUUAUUUAG